AUGUACGCGGCGGAUGGCGAGUUCUAUCCGGCGGAGAUCACCAACAUCUCCUACUCUCCCAAGAAGAAGAAGGCUCCAGUGAAGGUGCACUACAUGGGCUAUGAAGGCGAGGAUGCCUGGUUGUCUCUGGACAUGCUCAAGUGCAAGGCAUUGAAAGGGGCCACCAAGGCACCUGUCAAGGAGAAGGCACCAGCCAAGGCUGCUCCGAAGCCCAAGGCCAAGGCGAAAGCCAAGGCGAAGGCGAAGCCCCAGAUGGACUACUCAGGCUUGCAGAAGGGCAUGCGCCUACAGGCGGAAGCCGAUGGCAAGUACUGGGCAGCCGAGGUUGUUGCUGUCUCCCAGAAGAGGAAGGAUGCCCCUGUCAAGGUCACGUUCAUCGGCUACGACAAGCAGUACGACGAAUGGCUGGGAGCCGAGCGGUUGCGCUCCAAGGUGAUCGUGCCCAUGUCCAAGGAUGGUGGGAAGGCAGCUUUCGGUGCUGUGAUGCCGCCUGCCGCCCGAAAGCUUCUUUUGACAAAGCCGAAGGUGAAAGCGCCGUUGGAUCCAGGUUUCAGCCCUUUGAUUUUGGCAAAGCAGAAGUACAUGGAAGCUGCAAAGGAUUGCAAGGACAAGUUGACCUGGGCUUUGGUUCGCAGCGAUGGCUGUGGCCGCUACAGCUUGCCUGUCUUCCCCGAGGGCACCAAGGACGCCCGUGCGUCUGCGUACCUGGCUGGGAUCCUUAUCCAAGAGAUGAUCUGGCAGCGAAGCGCUAGCAGCAUGGUCCUCCACGGCCCUGCCAAGAUCUGCAAGUACUUGCAGAAGUGCUACUCCACAGGUGGCGCUUAUGAGUUUGAAGUCAUGUCCAUGCCGAAGGUCUGUGGACAUCCCGAGACCCCCUUCGAGGUGAAGGUCGUGGAGAAUGAGUCAGAGAUCCCCGAGAACAAGGACACACCUCAGGUCUGUGGGAAGGACGCCAACGGCUGCCGCCUGGCCUUCGACUUGGGCAAGAGCGACAUCAAGACGGUGGCCGUCAAGGACAACGAGGUGGUCUAUUCCAAGGAGACGGAGUGGGACGUGACCAACCCAGACCCUCAGUAUCACUUUGAUGCCAUCUUGGCCGCCCUGAAGUUGGCCAAGGACACCUUGCCCAAGGUGGAGGCCAUCGGCGGGUCGGCCACCGGCACGGUGAGCGCGCUGAACGAGGCCACCUGGUGCGACAUCUUCCCCAACGUGCCCCCUGAUGUCUACAAGGAAAAGGUGGUGGACAUCUUCAUUCGCUUGGGCAAGGAGAUUGCCAGGGAUGUGCCGCUGAAGGUCAUCAACGAUGGCGAGGUCACUGCCCUUGCCGCGGUGCAGAAGAUCAAGGCUGGCAACGUCAUGGGCAUCUCAAUGGGCAGCUCUGAGGGUGCUGGAUACGCCAAUGCGGAUGGCAACCUCAUGGGCUGGAUCUCUGAGCUGUGCUAUUGCAAGAUCGAUUUGAACCCCAAGGCUCCCACGGACCCAUGGUCCAAGGGUGCCCAUCGCGGCUUGAGCCACAUGUACCUCGGUCAACGUGGCACCACGAAAUUGGCCUCCAAGGGAGGAGUGGAAGUUCCUGCCAACUACAAGUAUCCUCAUGCUGACAUGUGCACGAUCAAGCAUGAGAACCACGCCCAGUGCUUGAAGUUGAUCCAGGAGGCCAUGAAGGGCGACAAGGCCGAGGAGGUGAAGAAGAUCUAUGAGACCGUGGGAGUCUACCUGGGCUAUGCCUUGGCUGGCUACUGCGAGUUCUACAAGAUCGAUCACGUGAUGAUCUUGGGGCGUGUGAGCAAGGGCAAAGGAGGUGACAUCAUGCUCGACAUGGCGAAGAAGGUUUUGGAAGAGGAGUUCCCGCAGUAUUCGCACAUCAAGUUCCACACCGCCGAUGACCAUUUUAAGGCGGUGGGGCAGUGCAUCGCUGCGGCGGCCUUGCCAGAGCUGAAGAAAUGA